CAAGGAUUCAACAAGUAUUACCCCCCAGAUUAUGACGGUGAAAAACACAAGAGUCUUAACUCGUAUCGGGGUAAACAUGCCUUGGGCGACCGAGCUCGCAAGAUUGACCAGGGAAUCCUCAUCACCCGUUUUGAGCUGCCUUUCAAUAUCUGGUGCGGCACAUGCAACGCUCACAUCGGCAUGGGCGUCCGAUACAACGCUGAGAAGAAGAAGAUCGGCAAAUAUUACUCUACGCCCAUCUUCUCCUUCCGGUGUAAAUGCCACCUCUGUAGUGGUUGGUUUGAGAUUCAGACAGACCCGCAGAACACUCGGUACGUCGUCGUCUCUGGGGCGCGGCAGAAAGACGAGGACUGGGAUCCGGAGGAGAACGGUGGCUACGCCAUCCAUGAUACCGAAGGAAAAGACGUAGCCGUCGACCCGCUGAUCGCGCUCGAGAAGUCGGUAGACUCGCAGAACUUUGCCACCAAAGUGCAAGCCCCGCGGAUCGAGCAGCUGCAGAACAUGUCCGAGCACUAUAACGCCGAUCCAUACGCGCACUCGCUGCGCCUGCGGAAGCGCUUCAGAGAGGAGAAAAAGGUGGAGAAACAGAAAGAAGAGGCAGACAAUAACAUCAAGGCGCGAUAUGGGCUGCCAUCGGAGCUUUCACUUUUACGAGACGACGACACUUCCAUCCAAGAAGCAAGUGACGCAUGGGCAAAGGCUAGGAGCGACCGGGUGAGAGAGGAAGCCAGCAAAAGACGAAAGCUGGAUCUGGACAAGCCACUGCUCCCGUCGAGUGCGAGAUCGGCAUCAGGCUCCAGGAAACAGUCAGGGUCGAGCUCCAAGGUCAAGCUAUCCUUGCCAAACUCAUCGUCUGACAUGGUAUCGUCCCUCCGAGCACGUAUACUGUCUAACACGAGUCGCCAAUCGGGCGUCUUUUUGACCAGUAUUCCGCAGCCGGGAAAGAGGUUUCCAGACGAGAAAGCGGCUGGGUUUCUGAAAAAGAAAGGCUGA